CGUGAAAAUCCUAGUAUCACUACCUCUAGCCAUUAAUCUCACUCAUAGAUUUGAGGGCUCUGAGCCGCCAAGUAAGGCCACCAGCGUCACCGACAGACUCGACACGCUGUGGAAGACUUCAGAAGUGAGCUCGCCAUCGAUUCGCUGCGACCUUUCGGGCGGCGCGACGCCCGGAUGGCUGAUCAGCUCUGCUUGCUCUGAUAGAAAAACGCCGCGCCCGCCGCCGCGCACGGUCCACCGCCCCCAAAACCGCGCCGUCGCGACGCCGCCGAGGCCGCCGCAGGCCGCCGGACCCCGAAACCCCCGCGCAGACAGACCAAAAAUCAACGAUGUCCGUCUUCGACACGAGUAAAAUCCGGCGCCACAACACGCAGCUCGCCGUCGCCGAGGCGACGAAGGCCGCGGAGGACGACGCCGUCGCGCACACGGUCGUGGGCAGCGUGUCCAAGGGCGAGUGCCAGAUGAUCAACCGCGUGCUGCUCCACUCGACGUCGAUGAAGGGCAACUUGGAUGCGGUGCCCCACGCCUGCACGAUGAGUGAGGAGGGCGACGCGCCCGUGCCCUACCGGCCGUCGUACAUGUUCGGCUUGCUCGCGCGCCGGGCCACGAAGAACGCGCACGCCGUGCAAUGGCCCGAGGGCACGAUCCAGCAGCACCCGGAGGAGCACGUCACGGGCGGCGAGGUCACGCAGGGCGAGUGCGCGCGCCUGGCGAAGCACCUGUCCGAGUCGUUCGGCACGAUCGGCCUCGUGCCGAAGGCGUGCCGCGGCGUGCUGGGCCGCGGGCCCUAGACCUCCCCCGCCCCCUACUGAAGUAACAUCUAACACAUACCUAG